AUGUCGAGUUUCUCCAAGGCGCCCCAGCAAUGGGCCACUUUCGCUCGAGUUUGGUAUCUCUUAGAUGGGAAGAUGCAGCCCCCUGGAAAACUGGCUGCAGUGGCAUCAAUUAGACUUCAAGGAUUGCAUAAACCUGUAUAUCAUCAAAAGAGUGACUGUGGUGACCAUGUUGUCAUAAUGAACACAAGGCAUAUAGCAUUUUCUGGAAACAAAUGGGAACAAAAAGUAUACUCUUCACAUACUGGCUACCCAGGUGGAUUCACACAAGUAACAGCUGCACAACUUCACCAAAAGGAUCCAGUGGCAAUUGUAAAACUAGCUAUUUAUGGCAUGCUCCCAAAAAACCUUCACAGGAGGACCAUGAUGCAGAGGCUGCAUCUUUUCCCGGAUGAGGAUAUACCAGAAGAUAUUCGUAAGAAUCUAGUGGAAGAGCUCCCACAACCACGAAAAGUACCCAGACGUCUAGAUGAGUACACACAGGAAGAAAUAGAGGCUUUCCCAAGAUUGUGGACUCCACCUGAAGAUUACCGGCUGUAG